AAUGUCUGUGUUGCCCUCAGAGAGUUAAGCUCUGCUGCCAGGAAUUUGCAGUUUCUCCCUAGGCCGCGGGGGAUGGAAGAGGGCGGGAGAGCGGGCAGGCUGUGCAACAAGUGGCGAGAUCUCUAUUGGCCUCUGGAAUGCAUGAGCUGAGCAAGGGAUUUCUGUGGACACCCAGCCGUAUGUGAGCUGUGCCUUUGGCACUCGCUGUCCCUUCUGGGGCAGCCGAUCCGGGUGAUGGCUUCAUCAGAGCGGCCCCCUGGGAUCUCCCACCACCGCGACCUCUGCCGCCGCACCGUUCAUCUCCUGAGGAAGAUGCGCUCAGAUGUCAGCAGCCUCCUGGAGACCUACGUUGAGAAACAAGGGUUGGACAAAAACUUCAGCCUGGACUCGAUUGACGGCGUGCCAACAGCCGGCACUGAACAAUGGAGCGAGAUUUCAGAUGGCGAGCGGCUGGGAGACAACCUGAAAGCUUAUUGGGCAUUUCAGAUAUUACUGGAUGAGAUCCUGGAAGAGCAGAGGUCCAGCUUGAGCCCAGAUGAUACAGCUUUCCAUGAGUCUAUCCAGUCCAUUGUGCUCCAGGUCUCGGGUCUCGCUUACCAACUGGAGGAACUGAUGGCAAUGCUGGAGCACAAUGUACCAGCCAAAGAGUUGGGAAGUAUCAGAGAUGGUGGUGGAAAGAGCUCAUUUGAGAAGAAAAUGAGGGGCAUGAAAGUACUGCAGGAACUUGCCCAAUGGACUGUCCGGUCUGUCCGGGACCUGCACCAUAUCUCCAAGUCUGUUCAGACAGGUGCCAUCCCACGUUCGAGUCGCCGCCUGGCUCAAGCCCAGAAGAAAUGAGGCUGCUCUCCUCUGUCGAGGUUCUUUCCUUUCCAAAGACCGUACCUCCCUCUCAGCUGUGGUGUAUUGGAUUGGUACAGUAUGGCCAGAGUGAGCCCUCUGAUGAGAAAGUUGGAGUGACUAGUGCUUUCCAGAUGUUAGUAUUUAUUUCCUUCU